AGGAAGCACAGGCAUACUGACGACAGUACAUCUGUGGGGUGCCUAACAAGCUUCCUAGUUCUCUUUCUUUCUCAGCUUGACCAAGAGCUCAGCUGCCUCUUGUCUCUAUAAGUAGAAACUGCCUCAAGGAGGUGUGAGAAGCCUGCUGCCCAUGGCUGAAUUUAACUGAUCUAGAGUUGAUUGCCUGCUGAUUUCAUUGUUUUUAUUUCUUUUGCUGCCUUCUUAGUUUAACUUUGCUGGAUUAUCUGUCAUCUGAAUUUAAUGUUCCAGGACUGGAUGCAGGAUGGUGGAAGCUGUGCUAUUGUUUGCAUUUAUCUGCGUGGCUUUAUCAGGUAUUGAGGCUAAUAAGUGGACGGUGUCCUUGCCCACUGAUAGACUGUGUGUGUGGUCAGGCACCUCUGCCAUACUGUCUUGCAAGUAUGACUAUCCCUAUGGAUAUGGUAUCAGGAGGGUGAUGUGGUUCCGACACACUGCAGAGGGCAAGCGGGAAUACGUCUUUCACACAGACCUGAGUGUAGUGAGCCCAUCCUUCAUGGGUCGCACUAGGUACUCGGGCACGUACAAGACAUGCACUUUGCAAAUCUCCUCUGUCAGGAGCACAGAUGGAGGGGAAUACUACUUUAGAUUUGAGACUGACCGCCUGGGAGGCCAGUGGACCUCCACUGAUGCCAUCACUCUUUCUGUAACAGUUCUGCAGGUGCAGGUUCACCCUGCAAGACAGGGCAAUCUCUUUGCCUCUGGAGAGACCGUGUACCUGGGCUGUGAGGCCAGAGGGUGUGCAGCCACAGGGAAUCAGUUCAUCCUCUACAGGAACACAGUGAAACUGGGGUCAGUUGAGUCUGUUACCAUUCACAACUUUGACACUGGGCACAGUGGUACCUACAAAUGUCACCUGGCAUCCCUACCCCAAGUUCACUCCCCAGGUGUUGUUCUGGCAGUUGGAUAUGCCCCCCGUCAAACAACUGUUGUGAUCAGCCCUCAAGGCGCUAUUAUGGAGGGAAGUUCAGUGACACUGACCUGCAGCAGCAAUGCUGAUCCAGCUGUUGAAAGCUAUUCCUGGUUUAAGGACCAGGCUGGCUGGAGCCUUCCAGACAGCUUCAAACCCCAGCUACAACUGUGGAGCACCAGGCCAUCGGACCGGGGGGAGUACUAUUGUGUGGCACGGAACUCCUUGGGCAGUCAGAAAUCCCCACCCGUCUUGCUGAACAUCACGCAUGCACCGAGGAACACGGCUGUGUUAAUCGACCCCCCUGGUGAUGUAAUGGAGGGCAGUUCAGCGACUCUGAUCUGCAGCAGCAGUGCCAACCCACCGGUGAUGAAAUACACCUGGUUUGUGAUCGCUGCAACACAGUCCUUGGAGAGAGGGUCCACACAGAACCUGACAUUCCUCAAUGUCCGUGCCCAUCAUGGUGGCCAGUACUACUGCAGAGUGUGGAACAAGUAUGGUCAUGAGACCUCUGCUGCUCUCACUUUGGCAGUACUGUACGCCCCCAGGAACACCUCUGUGUCCGCUUGGCCUUCCAGUGAAAUCGAAGCUGGAAGCUCGGUGACCCUGAUCUGCAACAGCAGCGCCAACCCGGCUGUGGAGAACUAUACCUGGUUCAGGAUCAAUGAUGCUGACUCAAGGGAAACCCGAUCAGGCCCGAGUUACACCAUCAUUGGGAUCACCCACCGGGAAGGUGGACAGUACUACUGCGAGGCACGGAACAAGCUUGGGGCCCACAGCUCUCCUGUUCUCACCGUCAGAGUGAGGGGCAGGCUCAAGGUGAUUGCACUUGCAUCUGCUGUAGCUGUUUCUGCUGCGCUCGUCACAUUGACCGUGGCAAUUAUGAUCAGUAAGAAUAUGCAUAUUGUUGAAACAGAACCUGCCAAGGAAGAACAAAAGACAUCAUCAGAGCAAGGUGACGCUUUGCUUCAAGGGAAACACCAAGAGACUUUUCAACUGAGUACUACAAGAAUGACAGACAUACCAGAGGAGCCAGAAAAUGUGUAUGAGAACAUGCAUCCCUGCAUUGUACCGAUGAAGGAGGUUACACAAAAUUCGGAGGAUGAAAGCACCCUCAGCUAUGUCACUGUUCAUUUCUCUAGACAGGAACAGGAUCAUUUGGCAAAGCCGCCACUAGAGGGAGCUACGAAGCCAAAAGGCGCCCAGAGUGACAUCUACAGCGUGCUGUCAAGACCCAAAUAUGAAUGGAGGAUCCCUGAGACGCAAACCCGCUUUGCAAACGCUCGCGCUCAGUCCGCGCGCCGAGGCCCGAGGGAGAAGUAAGCGCUCGCGCCGCUGCCCGACAGAGCGACGCAAACAAAGGACGGAAACGUGCGAAAUGUGAAGGAUGCAGCAUUUGUACACAUUCAGUAUAUGUAUAGACACAUAUAUAUUCUGAACAAAUUAAAUGUGGAUUGUGGUUUUGUAAUGUUUUUGUCGAGCUGAAUUUCUUGGCUUGUUUUUUUAAUUAUUGUACUUUUCAUAUUUGCACGCAAUAUAUUUAUGUGCGCUGUCUACCCUAAAAAACUCUGUUGAUAUUCCC